AUGAUUACUAAUGAAUUAGGAGCUGCCACCGCCGCCAAAACCACCGUCAUUGCCAUCAACACCGGUCGGAAUAGCCAGUGCGCGGUGAAAUGGGCGGUGGACCACCUUCUAAAGAAGAACUCCAAUUGCAUUCUCAUUCAUGUUCGUACCAAACCUCUCAAUUCCAGUGAUCAUAUUGUCGAUGUUCCUAAACAUGGUCGUCCACCAACUCAUGAAGAAUUGCACCAAUUUUUUCUUCCCUUCCGUGGAUUUUGUGCUAGAAAAGGGAUUGAGGCAAAGGAAUUGGUCUUGCAUGACAUUGAUGUUCCUAGUGCUCUUACUGCUUAUGUCAUCGAAAAUUUUAUCAACUAUGUUGUCAUUGGUGCUUCUGCUUCCCCUUGGAGUGUUCUUAUAAGAAAAUUUAAAGAAGUGGAUAUGUCAUCUACCUUAGCUAAGUCAUUGCCUAAAUCAAGCACAUUGUAUGUUAUAUCAAAAGGAAAUGUACAACAUAUUCGACCAACAGGACCUAUAAGAGACAUAGUUACACUCUUGCAGAAUGAUCAAUUGAUGCAGCCAAAUAAACUUUUUGCUCAUACCCCUAAUUGUGAAGAUUUAAACAGGAAACCAUUCAAAGAUGCAAACAAAGCCUGGGAACCAUUACAUGAUAUGAAAGAUGUUACACUGAUGACACCAUGUAAAUCCAAUAUUCUUGAAGAUAACAAUUCACCCAGAGGUCCAAGAUUAUCAGCCGGAAGCUCCUCGUCGCAAACUUCAUCGAAUAGAAGUUCUCCUGCCAAUAGUAAUGAUAGUUCAGGGAAACAUGGAAAUCAUGAAGUUAUAAAUUCAGACAAUACUAAGCGCUUACUUUCUUCAAAACCACCAUUGCAGAUAAGGAUUGAGGCAAAAAUAAAGAAAUUAAAACUAGAAUUGAAGAAAACAACUGAGCAGUAUGGUAUGGCAUGCAGAGAAGCUGUCUUAGCAAAACUGAAGGCAAGUGAAAUUGAAAAGUUUAGAGAAGAAGAAGAGCAAAAUGUUGAAAAAGCAAGGCUUGCUGAAGAGGCUGCAUUAGCUUUAGCUGAAGUAGAAACACAGAAAGCAAAAGCUGCUUUGGAAGCGGCCGAAAUGUCACAGCGUCUUGCGGAAAUAGAAACUCAAAAGAGAAAGCUAGCUGAAUUAAAAGUGAAACAUGAGAAAGAACAAAGGAUAAGAACAUUGCAAGAAGUUGUGUAUAAUAGCAUUCCAUAUAGAAGAUAUGAUAUUAAAGAAAUUCAAGUUGCAACUAAUGGCUUUGACAAUGCUCUCAAAAUUGGUGAAGGGGGGUAUGGACCUGUUUUUAAAGGUGUGCUUGAUCACACUAUUGUUGCUAUAAAAGUUCUUAAACCUGAUUUAGCUCAUGGAGAGAGGCAAUUUCAACAAGAGGUUCUUAUUUUAAGCAAAAUUAGACAUCCCAACAUGGUGCUCCUUCUAGGUGCAUGUCCAGAAUUUGGAUGCCUUGUGUAUGAACACAUGGAAAACGGAAGUUUAGAAGAUCGUUUAUUCCAAAAAGACGAGACUCCACCAAUUCCAUGGAAAAAUCGUUUUAAAAUUGCAUAUGAGAUUGCCACUGGCCUUCUUUUCCUUCACCAAUCAAAGCCAGAUCCAAUAGUACAUCGUGAUAUGAAACCAGGAAACAUUCUCUUAGACAAAAACUACGUUAGCAAGAUCAGUGAUGUUGGUUUGGCGCGACUCGUUCCUGCUUCAAUAGCCAACAAAACCACUCAAUAUCGCAUGACAGGCGCAGCUGGAACAUUUUGCUACAUUGAUCCUGAGUAUCAACAAACUGGAUUAUUGGGUGUGAAAUCAGAUAUAUUUUCAUUUGGUAUGAUUUUGCUACAAAUUAUCACUGCAAAGCCUCCAAUGGGUUUAUCUCAUAUAGUUGAAGAAGCUAUAAAAAAAGGAAACUUCAUGAACGUGCUUGAUCCAAAUGUACCAAAUUGUCCUGUUGAAGAGGCUUUGGCAUGUGCUAAGCUGGCUUUAAAGUGUAUUGAGUAUAGAAAACGUGAUAGACCUGAUCUUGCUACUGUUAUUUUGCCAGAGCUGAAUCGAAUAUCACAUAUUUGGAACUCUGAUGAGGAAUAA